AGAUGGUCCAAGAUCCAAAUGAAUAAAUACUGGAGUGUGUCUGUUCCCACCAUCAGUCUCACUGGUCACCUACCACUGGGUCCUGUAAAGCCAUGCUCUGCAUCAGCACCACACUCUUCCUGGCAGCAACCUGCCUGCUUGCAAGUGCAGAUUUCCCCACAGAGACAGCUACCACCUGCGAGGGCUACAACAUCCAUCGGCUGAGCUGUGCAGGUUUAGGAGUGAUCAGUGUUCAGACGGCGCUGUACGGACGUAAAGACAGGGUGAUCUGCAGUGAGGGAAUGUCUACAUCUAAGACUGAAAACUUAUACUGCUCUCUGGACGGCGUGUUGGACAUCAUCAAGAAAAGGUGUGAUGGAAAAACGUUGUGUGAAAUGAACUCAAAUGCCUUCACACCUGAUCCCUGCAGGGGCACCUAUAAAUACCUGCAGACCACGUACACCUGCCUCCCAUCAACUACCCAUGUGGUAUGUGAGAACUCUUUGGCACACCUGAACUGUGCUGCAGGGCAGGUUAUAAGCGUCUACGGUGCUGAUUAUGGACGCCACGACCGGACCACAUGCAUCUACAAACUGUCUGAAUCUAAGAUCCAAAAUACUGACUGCUAUAACCCCACCAACAUAGUUGCUGAGAGCUGUAACGGGAAAAACAGCUGUACUAUCAGAGCAAGCAACUCUGUGUUUGGAGACCCCUGUUCCGGCACUUACAAGUACCUGGAGGUGUCUUACACUUGUGAAUAUCCUGUGACCAUUAUGAUAGAGUCUUGGGUACUGGGAGGUGGGAGUGGCAAAGGGUCGUCAGUACCUGGGCUCAUCAGCACACCUGGCACACCUGGUUCCUGUGCGCUGAUUCACCUCAAAGAUAAAGGGCAUAUCCUUCAAGGAAGGAAAUGUCAGAAAAGUGACUGCUUGUUUGGAAAGAGACGUGAAUGCAGGUUUUUGUUGUCAGACUGGAAAAAUCAUCACGAUCACCAAACAUUGAGCCAAUUGCGUGAGAUCAGGCUGUUGCAGGUUGUUUGGCAGGUAGAGCGAAGACAGUUCCUCAUCAAGCAGAAUAAAUACAGGUGUGACCGACCCAGCCUCCAUCAGUCCCACUGCUCACCUGAGACGGGAUCUUCUGAAACCAUGCUCCGCUUCAGCCUCAGCGCCGCACUGUUGCUGGCAGCAACAUGUCUGUUCAUGACGGCAGUUUCUACAGAGAGAGUUCUCACUUGUGACAGCAACAACAACGUCCAACACCUGAGCUGUGAUUUCGGGGUGAUCAGUGUGCAGGCAGCUCUGUAUGGACGUGCAGACAAUGAGACCUGCAGUGAAUGGAUAACUGAGGAACAGCUCGAUACACAGUGCUCUCAGAACGGCACCACAGACGUCCUCAGGAGGAGGUGUGAUGGUAAGAAGGUGUGUGAGAUCAACGCAAAUGUCAUCGGUACCUCUGACCCCUGCUUUGGCGUCCACAAAUACCUGGAGACCAUCUACACCUGCUUCCCAGCAAUUCACGUGGUUGCAUGUGAGCGCUCUCUGGCACAUCUGUUUUGUGAUGUGGGGCAGGUUAUAUUUGUCCUCGGAGCUGACUAUGGACGCCGUGACCAGGCUACCUGCUCUUUCAGACGGCCUGAACGUCAGAUCCAAAACGUUGACUGUUCAAGACCCACUAGCCAAGUUGCUGACAGCUGUAACGGGAAAAACAGCUGCACUAUCAGAGCAAACAACUCUGUGUUUGGAGACCCCUGCAUAGGCACUUACAAGUACCUGGAGGUGUCUUAUGUGUGUGACUAUCCUGCGCUCGCUCCUGAGGAGCCUGUGGAAACACACUGACGCUACAGUCAUAUCACAAUAAACAUGCAUUGAAUGAAA